CACAUGCAUAUAACCUUGGCUUAGCCUGCCUGCCUUUGGCAUGCGCAUCCUUUCGUCUGGUGGUCAUAAAAUGCUCCAACGAUAAAACCACUCGCCCCGGCGCCGCAUGAAUCUCCUCCGUCAGUCAGCUCGAUCCGCAUGGGGCUAGUUGUACCCAUGGCCGAUAUUCAUUGAUCGGGCCGCCCUGACCCCGCGGGCCCGUCCCGGGACAAACACCACGGCGCGACAGCGAAAACAAGACCCUCGGCAGCCAAGAUGAAUGACCGGUUCUUCGAGCCCAUGUCACCGGAGAUACAUCCGCAUACAUACGGGGGGAACAAGGCCUUCUACAACAUCGCAAACGACUACACCCACAUUCCCGACCCGAAUCUGAGACGGCGUUUGGCCUUGUCCGAUAUCGACAAGGUUCCCUUCAGCCUGUACCAUGUCCGUGCCGUCCUCGUCGCCGGGAUAGGCUUCUUCCUCGACUCGUACGACAUAUUCGCCAUCAACCUCAUCACGACCUUCCUGGGCGUGGUAUUCUGGCAAGGCGAUGGCUCUGCCAACGGCUUCGGCGGGAAUCGCGGCGAGCUGCCGACCCCCGUCAGCCAGGCGCUGAAGGCCUCGACCAGCGCCGGCAUCAUCAUCGGCCAGGUCCUCUUCGGGUGGCUGGCCGACGUGUUCGGCCGCAGGAAGAUGUACGGCAUCGAGCUGGGCAUUAUCCUCCUCUCCACCAUGAACUGUGCGCUGGCGAGCUCGAGCCCGGCCAUGACCUCGACGGGGCUGUUUGUCUUCUGGAGGGUGAUGAUGGGAGUUGGCAUCGGUGGAGAUUAUCCACUCUCUUCUGUCAUCACAGCUGAAUUCGCCCCUACUCGUUGGCGUGGGGCUAUGAUGGCGGCCGUGUUCUCGAUGCAGGGCAUCGGUCAGCUAAGUGCGGCGAUCGUGGCUCUGAUCGUCACCGUGGCGUUCAAGGAAUCCUUCAUCAACAUCAAGAACGUCGCGAGCUGCGACUACCCCUGCCAAGUCGCCGCCGAUAGGUCGUGGCGCAUCAUCGUCGGUGCCGGUGCCGUUCCCGCCUGUAUCGCCUUGUACUACCGAAUCACGAUCCCCGAGACACCACGAUACACAUUCGAUAUCGCACAGGACGUCGAGAAGGCCGAUGCCGAUAUCAAGGCGUAUAUGGCCAGCCAAUCUGAGGGUGUCGUCGACGCCAUCCAGCAGGCCAAGACGAUGAAGGCCGUGUCUCCGUCCCUGGCCAUCCCCUCGGCAUCCUGGCCGGACGUCUUCUCCUAUUUUGGUCAGUGGAAAAACUUCAAGAUCCUCAUCGGCACCACAUUCUCCUGGUUCUUCCUUGACCUCGCAUUUUAUGGCCUCGGCCUCAACAAUUCCAUCGUCCUCCACUCGAUUGGUUAUUCCCACGGCCCGACAUUGUAUCACACACUGUACAACAACGCCGUCGGGAUGAUCAUCCUCGCGUGUGCCGGCAGCCUGCCGGGCUACUGGACGGCCAUCCUCACCGUCGACAACCUCGGACGCAAACCGCUGCAAGUCCUCGGCUUCAUCGUAUUAACCAUCAUCUUCUGCAUCCUCGGCUUCGCCUUCCACAGCCUCUCCGAAGUCCCGAUGCUAGUCCUCUACGUAGCCGCCCAGUUCUUCUUCAACUGGGGCCCCAACACGACGACCUUCCUCGUGCCGGGGGAGUGUUUCCCGACCCGGUACCGCUCCACCGGCCACGGCAUCUCCGCGGCGAUGGGCAAAGUCGGCGCCAUCCUCGCCCAGGUGAUCAGCAUCCCUCUUCUGACCCGGGACUCACCCGAGGGCUGCACGGGCAUGGACUGCAGCCCCUGGAUCGACCGCCUGAUGCAGCUGUUUGCGCUAUUCAUGUUCUGCGGCAUCUUCGUCUCGCUUCUCAUCCCCGAGACCAAGGGCGCGACACUCGAGGAGCUCGCCGGAGAGGCUCCCGCCCGGCCGUCCAACUCGAGCCGCAAGGGCAGCAGCAGCAUCCGCACCACGACCCAGCCACCGUCCUGGUGGGCCGAGCUGAACCCCUUCUCCGGCGGCCAGCCCGCCGGAUUCUUCUACCCGGGCGCCUCGGGUGGCCGGAAGGGCCGCCGCAGCCCCAGUAGCGACAUCAUGAGCAGCCCCGAGCUGGCGGCGCAGAAGGCCGAGGCGGCGGCCAGGGAGAAGGGCCUCUGGCACGGGCGGUUGAUGGGGAGGAAGGAGAGGGCGCCGAGUAGCGAGAGCAGCGGGUACGCGCUUAGCAACGCCUCCGGAGGCGGGGACGAGAUGCCCAUGAUGCCGCCGAGCGCGCUGCCGGCCUGGGGAGGUGGCUGGGGGCGAGCCGGGGAGCGUGGCGGGGUGCUGCCGAUGACGCCGAUGGAGAGUAUUCGGCUGCAUGACGUUGGGUCGUUGUUGAAAUGA